AUGUCGCUCUGUCGAGCAUGUCUGCGGCGCUCGGCUGGCCAAAGAAGGCUGUAUAGCACGAUGAAGGACUACAAUGCAGCCGUGACCGUGCUCAAUGGCCUACAGUCGAACUUCUCCAUAGUCGAGGCGAUCAGGAAGGCCGGCCCAGGGUCGAACAAAUCCUCGAUACCGGACAUGAUCACUUGGGUGCGCCGUAUAGGAUACGAGCCAUCCGACUUCGAUCGUCUGAACCCAAUCCAUAUUGCUGGCACCAAGGGCAAAGGCUCGACGUCUUCGUUCAUCUCCUCCAUCCUCGCCCAGUACUUGCCCACGAAGCGCAGCAUACAUGCCGAGCGACUUCCUUCCACUGUCGGCCUUUACACAUCCCCACAUCUCCGCUUCGUGCGAGAACGUAUCAAGAUCAACAAUGAGCCCGUAUCAGAAGAGCUGUUUGCCAAAUGUUUCUGGGAAGUCUGGGAUCGCCUCGAGGCGUCGCGGCCAGCUGAAGCUACUGCGGACACGAGGAGUAUAGACGGUAAGCCGGUAUACUUCCACUUUUUGACUCUCAUGGCAUUGCAUUGCUACAUGGAAGAGGAUGUCGGAACUGCCGUCAUUGAGUGCGGCAUUGGAGGAGAAUACGAUACGACGAACAUACUCGUGCAGCCUUCUGCUACGGGUAUCACAAGUCUAGGCAUUGAUCAUGAGGCGCUACUCGGCAGCACGAUCGGUGAGAUCGCCUGGCAUAAGGCCGGAAUCUUCAAGCCAGGAGUGCCUGCGUUCACAGUGCCACAGCCUGAAGAGGCCAUUAAGGUGCUGUUCGAUCGAGCGAAAGAGAGGCAGACCGAGCUUUACACGGUACCUGUCCACGAAGCGGUGCAUACGGUCCAGCUCGGGCUGCACGGUCACUUCCAGAAGCUGAAUGCAUCAUUGGCUAUCGCGAUUUCGGCCUUGCACCUGCAGCGACUGGGCUUCACUGGUGUUCCCGAUCCAUAUGAUCCGUCAGCACCUUUGCCUGUGGAGUUUGUGCACGGCCUCGAGACUACACAGCUCGGGGGACGGUGUGACUUUCGGGCAGAUUCCCAAGCGUCCAACCUGAGUUGGUACAUUGAUGGCGGACAUACCCUCGAAAGCAUCGAAGUCGCGGGACAGUGGUUCGCCUCGAAAACGUCCUCUAGUAACGGCAAGCCAGCAGCGAAGCGCAUUCUGAUCUUCAAUCAACAAACCAGAGAUGCUUCCUCACUCACCAAAAGAUUACACGAUACGCUUGCCACAGCGUUGGGCGACGAACAUCCUUUCGAGCACGCGAUCUUCUGUCCCAACACAACUUACAGAGAUGCUGGCUACAAAGCUGAUCUUGUAUCUAUCAACACGAACAAGGAUGACGUGAGCAGCCUUCGCGUGCAGCAAGAGUUGGCCAAGAACUGGGACACCAUCGACUCGAAGUCGACCGUGCACGUCGUCAAUACCAUCGAAGAUGCAGUAGCGAGAGCUCGAGAUCUUGCUGGAGGUCACCAAGCUGAAGUUUUGGUCACUGGAAGUCUGCAUCUGGUGGGCGGGUUGAUAGAAGUGCUUGAGAAUGAAGCCGAGAAGAGUGCUAAGUUAUAG